AUGUCUGGUUCAUCGACAAAGAGAUUUCCCCUCUAUGCAAAGGAUUAUGAGCUGUUUGAAGAAGUCGGUGAAGGUGUUAGUGCCACUGUUUACAGAGCUCGCUGCAUUGCUCUGAACGAGAAUGUUGCAAUAAAGAUCAUGGAUCUCGAAAAAUGCAGAAACGAUUUGGAAACAAUACGCAAGGAAGUUCUCAUUAUGAAUUUGAUUGAUCAUCCGAAUCUGUUGAAAGCGCAUUGCUCUUUUAUCGACCGUAGUAGCUUGUGGAUUGUGAUGCCUUACAUGUCUGGUGGCUCUUGCUUUCACCUGAUGAAAUCGGUUUAUCCCGAAGGUCUUGAGCAACCGAUAAUUGCUACUUUGUUGAGGGAAGUGCUUAAAGCUCUUGUUUAUCUACAUAGACAAGGACACAUCCAUAGAGAUGUUAAGGCCGGGAACAUAUUGGUUCAUUCGAAAGGCGUAGUUAAACUUGGAGAUUUUGGAGUAUCAGCUUGUAUGUUUGAUAGUGGGGAAAGGAUGCGUACGAGGAAGACAUUCGUUGGAACUCCUUGCUGGAUGGCACCUGAGGUUAUGCAGCAAGUGGACGGAUAUGAUUUCAAAGCGGACAUCUGGUCGUUUGGUAUAACUGCCCUCGAGCUUGCUCAUGGUCAUGCCCCAUUUUCCAAAUAUCCACCUAUGAAGGUGCUAUUAAUGACCUUACAAAAUGCUCCUCCUCGUCUUGACUAUGAAAGAGAUAAGAAAUUCUCAAAGUCAUUUAGAGACUUAAUCGCAGCAUGCUUAGUUAAAGAUCCAAAAAAGCGUCCAACCUCUGCAAAACUUCUGAAACACCCGUUCUUCAAACAUGCUCGGUCGACAGAUUAUUUGUCCCGUAAAAUUCUUCAUGGUCUUUCUCCACUUGGUGAACGUUUUAAAAAGCUCAAGGAGGCAGAGGCUGAGUUGUUUAAAGGCAUAAAUGGUGACAAAGAACAGUUAUCUCAGCAAGAGUAUAUGCGAGGAAUUAGUGGUUGGAAUUUUGAUCUCGAAGAAUUGAGGAAGCAGGCAUCAGUUAAUCCAGCUGAUGAAAUAUGCAGUUCAGAGAUUCGGGAAGUAAAUGGAAAUGGGGAUGUUGGGGUUGAUGUACCAAAAAGAAAUCCAAUGACACGAAGGUCAAAGACUAUGUCUUUGGAAAACUUCAAAAUCUCAGAAAAGGAUUUGAUGAGUGCGAGUAACAGUCUAUUAUCCGGUGCAUUACUUCCUUCAUUUCAUCGUAAUUUCCACCCAAUGGAUGUGAUGAGUGCAAGUGACAGUGUAUUAGCCGGUGCAUUACUUCCUUCAUUUCAUCGAAAUUUCCUUCCGAGUAUUGGAUACCAAGUUGCUACGCGUUCUGAUGAAAGCAUUGCAUGUUGCUCGAGCGAAGGAGCUGGAGAGAUGCUCGGUCUUAAAGAGCCAAAGAAACUAGGACCAUUAGCAGAUACCAAGGAAACAAGAGAAGCAGGAAGUGAGCCGGUAAUCCGUUCUGUUGAAAACAAUGCAUGUUGCUCGAGCGAAGAAGCCUCAGAGACGCUCGGUCUUGAAGAGCCAAAGAAACUAGAACCAUUAGCGGAUACCAAGGAAAUGAUACAAGCAGGAAAUGAGCCGGAGAAACCAAAAAAUGGCAACACAGUUAGUCCUGUGAACCGUUCGUCUUGCUCAGCUACUGAAAUCCUCCCAAUGUUACAGAGUCUCCUGGUUCAAAAUGACAUUCAGAGGGAGAAAGUUGUCAGACUAAUUAGAUUUUUUGAUCGAACCGCCGAAACUGAAAAUCCAAUCUCAAGACCCGAAGGAGUGCAGAUAUAUCCAUCAAGGGAGAGAGAACUACAAUCUCAGGUUCAAUUUUUGGAGCAAAGUGUUGAGAUUCUUGUAGAGGAAGUGAAAAGAAACAAAGAAAUAAAUAGUCAGCUAGAACGACAGAUAAACUCUCUAACGAGCAUUCCUGAAGCUUAA